CUCUCUGUGUCAGGGCAGUAGAAUCCAACGUUGUAUCUCUCUCUCUUCGCUCUGUGUUUCAGGACUGUAGAAUCCAACGCUCUCUCUCCCGCUCUCUAUCUCUGUUAUCAGGACUGUAGAGUCUUAACCGGUUAUAUAAAUAUGACCAUUAGCCUCAGCUGAAGCAUCAUUCCAACAAGAACCCAGAAAUCUCUGAUCUUGUUCACUUUCCGAGGGUAUCAUCAUGUUGAUUCCUGUAAUGGUGGCAACAACUGCAUGCCUGAUAGGCUACAUUUACCGGUCACUGAAGGCACCGCCGGCAAGAAUAUGCGGUGGAGGAGAUGGUCCUCCGGUUACUUGUCCAAGAAUCAAACUCAGCGAUGGCAGAUACUUAGCCUACAGAGAAUUCGGUGUCACAAGAGACGAGGCCAUGCAUAAGAUCAUCGUCAUUCAUGGCUUCAACAGUUCCAAAGACGUUGAAUUACCCAUCCCCAAGGAACUUAUCGAAGAACACAAGAUAUAUUUCCUAUUUUUCGACAGAGCUGGGUACGGAGAAAGUGAUCCAUACCCAUCUCGUUCUGUGAAAUCAGAAGCGCAUGAUAUUGAAGAGCUAGCAGAUAAGUUAGAGAUCGGAUCGAAGUUCUAUAUACUCGGGAUAUCACUCGGGGCUUACCCAGUUUACAGUUGCCUCAAAUACAUUCCACACAGACUAGCCGGAGCUUCGUUGGUGGUUCCAUUCGUGAACUACUGGUGGAACCAUGUUCCUCGAAACAUAUUACGAGGAGGGUUUAAGCGGCUUGUGCUGCAGGACCAGUGGGCGUUUAGGGUUGCUCAUUAUGCUCCAUGGCUGUUCUACUGGUGGAUGACUCAGAAAUGGUUCCCUUCCUUGAGUAUCUUAACGGGUAAUACCGAUAUUUUCAGCCAUCACGAUAUGGAGAUCAUAAAGCAGUGGAUAGCUAAUCCACCUCCUGGCAUGGAAAAGAUUAGGCAACAGGGCGACCAUGAGUCGUUGCACCGAGACAUAAUAGUUGGAUAUGGAGAAUGGGAAUUCGAUCCGAUGGAGUUGGAAAACCCAUUUCCGAACGGAGAAGGAUCGAUCCAUAUCUGGCACGGAAUCGAAGAUAGAAUAAUUCCUCGAGUGGUAAACAAGUUUAUAUCGCAGAAGCUUCCAUGGAUAAAGUACCACGAGGUCAGUGGUUUCGGACAUUUUCUAAUGUUCGAGAAGCAGAAUUGUGAAGCAGUUCUAAAGGCCCUUCUGGUCGGAUAAGAUACUUAAAGCCUUAGAACAUUGAAAUGGCAAAACCACAUGUUGUUUCUUUUGCAAGGGCUUGUCUGCUUGCUUGUUAGGUCACAUUAUUUAAUGGUGGAAGAAAAAAAAAAAUUGUAUU